AUGCGGAACGCAUAAAAAAAGGACUGAGCCAUCGCUAUGUAUUUGUCUCGUUUUCAGCCUCCCGUCCAUACUAUAAAGAAGGAAGUGAAAGCCCCUAACAAAGAUGUCAGAGGAGAGAUGUCCCCAUUGCUGCAGCUGCUUCACGUGUCUGGUCGUCCUAGCCGUGGGGGUGUGUGGGUGGACGUUCGGCAUAGGGUGCCUGCAGGACGACGACAGGGCCACCCGGGGGUACUGUUCAGGAGUUGUCAGCAGAGGGGCAGCCAUCACACUUAUCAUUAUGGGAACCAUCGCCAUGGCCCUCAUUUUGUGCUGUUGCUGUAUCGGCUGCUGCACGAAAGAUGGCGCUCUAGACACCCGAGACCCCAUCCGGGACCCUCCUCCUUACCAAGAAAGCAACCUUGCUUUCUGGACAGAACCAUCUCGCAUACUUAUAAGGGACAUUAGAAACGUUCGCCAAGUAGCUGUUGUGAGGCUUGGAUACUCGGAAAUUUGAUUUCCACAGUUAAACUUGCUCAAGAACUGGUAGAUCUUUUAAAAAUUGAUGGCUGAGUAUGCAUCUUAAUGAUGCCAAUUUUUGUGCUUUGAGCACAUGCAAAACGUUGACAAAAUAUUUUGUUUUGUCAGAAAAAUAAUGUCUGUGAUUUGCAGUUUUUUUACAUUAUUUUUACAACAAUUAACGGCGCUUUGAUGAGUGCCAGUGAACUUUUUUAUGUUGAUACGACGAUCAAAUUGAACUUCAUGUAUUCGAAUACUGCAUUUCAAUUUUAAUUCCAACAUAAAGCUUAAUUUGGGCUUCGGAAUGUAAAUGCACUGUACAUUUUGAUAAAAAUAUUGGACACGACUGGGAAAAAAGGGAGACUGAAAGAAAUGUUUUUGUGAGAAAGAGAACAUUUAGAAAUCAAUGUCGAAAUCAUUGACAGUUUAUAGUGUUGUUAUGUCAUGUUAACAAAGAUUGUGAGAUGAGAAAAGACUGAAGUUUAAGAAAAGUGAUUUUUAAAAACUUUACCUCCCACAUUCUGAAAUGCAUAAGUUGAGACGGAUCUAUGAGCUAGCAGUUCGUUCCGUCUUCUCUACCGCAUUCAAAACCUGGUGCAAUGCACUAUACUUUAAUAAUAAUAAUAAUAAUAAUAAUAAUGCAUUCAAGGAACACUUCUAACAG